CAGACCCGGAACCGCGGAGCGCGGCCGCGGGGGGAUCCGGUCGGAGGCAGCGGGGGGACGCGGUCGGUGCUUCCGGCGCUGUGGUGGGUCCCGGCCGGUCCGGGCCAUGCAGCGCUUCACGGUGAACAUCAAGCUGCCGGCGCGCACCCUGAGCGGCGCCCUGAGCGCGGCCAACCGCGGCGCGGCCGAGUGGGGCUGGCAGGGUUUGAUUGCCUAUGGAUGUCACUCUCUGGUGCUGAUAGUGGAUGCCAAUACUGCUCAGACCUUACAGGUUUUGGAAAGACACAAAGCUAGUGUUGUUAAGGUUAAGUGGGCUAAAGAAAAUUACCAUCACAACAUUGGCUCUCCGUAUUCGUUACGUUUAGCUUCUGCGGACGUGUCGGGAAAAAUAAUUGUCUGGGAUGUGGCAACGGGAACAGCUCGUUGUGAAAUACAAGAACAUGCAAAACCAAUUCAAGACAUGCAGUGGCUGUGGAAUCAAGAUGCUUCUCGAGAUUUACUGCUUGCAGUUCAUCCACCAAACUAUAUUGUCCUGUGGAACGCAGACACAGGCACCAAACUCUGGAAGAAGAGUUAUGCUGAAAACAUUUUGUCUUUUUCAUUUGACCCCUUUGAUCCAUCACGCUUAGCUUUGCUCACCAGCGAAGGAAUAGUGUUCAUCUCUGACUUCUCUCCUUCCAAACCUCCUGCCAGCUCAGGGAAGAAAGUUUACAUCUCUAGUCCACAUUCCAGCCCUUCUCACAACAAGCUGGCUGCUGCUACUGGAGCCAAAAAGGCCCUUGAUAAAGUGAAAAUCUUAAUCAGUAAUGAAAAACCAAGUGCUGAGUCUGUAACACUCAACGACUGCCUUCAGUUGUCCUAUUUGCCUUCCAAACGAAACUACAUGCUGUUACUGUACCCCAGGGAGAUUCUGAUUCUUGACUUGGAGGUGAACCAGACAGUGGGAGUGAUUGCAAUUGAAAGAACAGGGGUGCCUUUCCUGCAGGUAAUCCCGUGUUUUCAGCGUGAUGGCUUGUUUUGCCUACAUGAAAAUGGUUGUAUAACAUUAAGAGUUCGCAGAUCCAACUGCAGUAUAACUGGAACUCCAAACGAAGAGCCAGAUCCAGACCCAGUUCAGGAGCUGGUUUAUGAUUUAAGAAGUCAGUGCGAUGCCAUCAGGGUGACAAAAACCGUUCGACCCUUCAGCAUGGUUUGUUGCCCAGUGAACGAGAAUUCGGCAGCUCUCAUAGUCAGCGACGGCAGGGUCAUGAUCUGGGAAUUAAAAUCCAGUGUUUUGGGCAGAAAUGUGCGGAACAGCAGUUCCAGUGCAUCGCCUUUGUAUUCCCCAGUCUCAUUCUGUGGAAUCCCUGUGGGAGCAUUCCCGAACAAACUUCCAGACCUCUCUUUGGACAACAUGAUUGGGCAAGGCACAAUUGCUGGAGAAGAACAAUUAAAAGGUUCUUCUAUGCAAGAAGUGCACCUCAAGUUUCUGCUGACUGGGCUUCUUUCAGGACUUCCUUUGCCGCCCUUUGUUAUCCGCAUGUGCCCACCUCUCACAACCAAAAAUAUUAAACAGUAUGAGCCCAUCCUUGCAGUUGGUACAAGUAAUGGCUCUGUUCUGGUGUUUCAUCUUACAAGUGGAAUCUUACACAAGGAGUUAAGCAUCCAUUCCUGUGAAGUCAAAGGAAUUGAGUGGAUUAGCUUGACUGGGUUCAUUUCCUUUGCCACGUCCACACCAAACAACCUGGGGCUGGUGAGGAACGAGCUUCAGCUGGUGGAUCUACCAACAGGCAGGAGUGUCGCGUUUCGUGGCGAGCGAGGCAAUGAUGAACCAGCCAUUGAAAUGAUCAAGGUGUCUCAUUUAAAGCAGUAUCUAGCUGUAGUAUUUAAAGACAAGCCGCUGGAGAUCUGGGAUGUCAGAACGUGCACUCUGCUCAGAGAAAUGUCGAAAAACUUCCCUAUAGCGACUGCUUUGGAGUGGUCGCCUUCUCAUAACUUAAAAAGCCUGAGGAAGAAGCAGUUAGCGGCCCGGGAGGCCAUGGCCCGACAGACGGUUGCAUCCGAUACUGAAGUUAGCAGUGUGGAAUCUUCAGUUAUUAGCUUGUUACAAGAAGCCGAAAGCAAGUCGGAGCUGAGCCAGAACAUCUCUGCCAGAGAGCACUUUGUGUUUACAGGUGCUGACGGUCAGGUUUAUCAUCUCACGGUGGAGGGGAACUCGGUAAAAGACAGUGCAAGAAUUCCUCCUGAUGGCAGUAUGGGCAGCAUUACGUGUAUUGCCUGGAAAGGGGAUAUCUUGGUCCUUGGAGACGUUGAUGGAAACUUAAACUUCUGGGAUUUGAAAGCGAGAGUAUCCAGGGGCAUUCCCACACACCGAAGCUGGGUGAAGAAGAUACGAUUUGCCCCGGGGAAAGGAAAUCAAAAACUGCUUGCAAUGUACAAUGACGGAGUGGAAAUUUGGGAUUCAAAAGAGGUCCAAAUGGUGAGCAGCUUAAGAAGCGGAAGGAACGUUAAUUUCCGACUCCUGGACGUGGACUGGUGCACCUCGGACAAAGUGGUCCUGGCGUCAGACGAUGGGUGCAUCAGAGUGCUGGACUUGUCCAUGAAACCAUCGUGCUUUAGAAUGGAUGAGCAGGACUUAAUAGAACCUGCAUGGUGUCCCUAUCUGCUUGUGCCCAGGGCUUCGUUAGCUUUGAAAGCAUUCCUGUUACAUCAGCCAUGGAGUGAGAAAUAUUCUCUAGAUAUUAUAAACAUUGAUUAUCCAGAGAAUGAAAAUAUUAAAAACCUUCUUCAAGAGCAGUUGAAUUCAUUGUCCAAUGACAUAAAGAAACUUUUGCUUGAUCCAGACUUUACGCUCUUGCAACGAUGCCUCUUAGUUGCCAGACUGUACGGGGAUGAGUCGGAACUGCACUUCUGGACUAUUGCUGCCCACUAUUUACACAGCUUGUCACAGGAGAAGCCUGCAAAACUAACGGAUACAGCUGUCAUUCCAGAGCAGCUGGUUAAUCCCUUGGAUAUCUGUUAUGACAUACUGUGUGAAAAUCAUUACUUCCAGAAAUUCCAGCUUGAAAGGGUAAAUCUCCAGGAAGUGAAGAGAUCAACAUACGAUCAUACCAGGAAAUGUGCUGAUCAGCUGCUUCUCUUGGGCCAGACUGACAGAGCGGUGCAACUGUUGUUGGAAACAAGUUCAGAGAAUGCCCAUUAUUACUGUGAUUCGCUGAAAGCUUGCCUGGUCACAACUGUAACCUCAUCGGGCCCAUCUCAAAGUACCAUCAAGCUGGUAGCAACCAACAUGAUAGCCAAUGGAAAGCUCGCAGAGGGGGUACAAUUGCUGUGUCUGAUCGAUAAGGCUGCCGAUGCCUGCCGCUACUUGCAAACUUAUGGCGAGUGGAAUCGUGCGGCGUGGCUUGCAAAGGUUCGUUUGAACUCGGAGGAGUGUGCCGAUGUGUUGAAGCGCUGGGUGGAUCACCUCUGCUCGCCACAAGUCAACCAGAAGUCCAAAGCCAUUCUUGUCCUCUUGUCACUUGGAUGCUUUACAAAAGUUGCAGAGAUGUUGCACAGUAUGAGGUACUUUGAUAGAGCGGCUUUGUUUGUUGAAGCUUGUCUACAGUACGGAGUGUUUGAAGUUAAUGAUGAUACAAAUAAAUUGAUCCACGCCGUGUAUGCUGAUUACGCCAGAAGCUUGAAGCUCCUGGGCUUUAGGCAGGGAGCUCUUCUCUUUGCCUCGAAAGCAGGAGAAGCUGGUAAAGAGUUACUGAUGGAGCUCAAACAGCCUAAAGAGGAGGUGACACAGGAGUGAAAACAUGAUGUUUGUGAGGAGCUUUGGGGCUUCUGUCUAUUUUCUGACUGUUUCCACCUCUUUCAACUGUCGCAGAAAUCCCAUUUUGAAACAUGCUGGAAGAGUUCUGUACCUGUGUUCCAUUUUCUUCUAAACAAACCUUUAUAGUUCUUCACCACUGUUGUAUUUAUAUGUAUAAAUAAUUCAAUCUGUACUAUAAAAAUAUAUUUAAAGAAUAAAUAUACAUCAUAAACCGCACAGUUCUUUCCUGGAACAGUGUGUUUUCUCCAUCCAUUUUUCUGUUUAAAAUCACUGUAUUGUCAUUUCCAUAACUGCUUAGAAUGGAAUCUUGAGUAGGUUUACAUACAAGAGUCUCCUAACAUUCCCCAAAUCCAUCAAAUGUCCCUUUUUUUGAUGAAGGUAUUGUUUUAUUCCAUUUUAUUCUUGUGUGCUCUCCGUGCACACCUUAGGGACUGAAUUCUGCCUUGUGUUGACUGGUUUGUGGGACCAAAGGAUGGCAGAAGGUCCUACCUCAAAAGCAGCAAGGUAGGCUCCUGGAGAAUAUCUCGGAGACCCCUAACACUGUCUACACAGUUUUGUUUGUUAUUUUAACGUGUGAUUAAGAAUAGGUAAAAAAAGCAUUGUGCAAAGCCAAAGUGUUGGCUUUUUUAGAUAUUUUUAGUGCUUGUGGCCCAGAUUUAAGGAUGCCACCACGUCUUUUCUCAUUUUUGUGCCACUAUUUCAGUAUUGAAGUGUUUGUUUUCAUUGUUAUUCUUUAGUUGAGCUCUUAUCUUUUCUAUUUAUUACUGAUUGACUGAGAUAUUUUACAGCUGAGGAGUGGGUGCUGAUGUUAAAUGGACCUUCCAAACUGAAAACUGGGGUGUGUGAAAAUUAGUCUGGACUAAAAAAAUAGAAUUAUUCCUUUUACCAGGUUGUAGGAGAUACUGCAGCUUCGUGGGAAUCGGAUCAGGUUAAAGGUCUCUUAUUUCAAUGUAAUUCAUGGCUUGUCUACGUAGAGGGCAUUGCAUUCUUCUUAUGUUAGAGUAUUGCUGGAUGUGUGUUCUGCAUCCCUUCCUAGCGGGACCACCUUUGGCACUUCUCUUUAACUCUAUCAGCCUCUUGAUUUGCCUCUAAAAUAGCGUUUCUGAUACCAUUUGAAGGUUCAGGCUUUUCUAUAAUGAUGUUUUCAUACAAAUGGAAAAAAAUGUGAUAUUCAGUGCUCUAAAUGGACAUGUUUUAACUGCAAUAUAUCGUGUGUCUUCUCACCACGUCUUACACUCACCGUAGAAUACUUUGUCCAAUGUAUUACAAAUAACACUUUAGAGCUUCUUUAGCGUGGGGAAAGUAAGUAUACAGUAAAACUUGCCUUAAGCUCUACCUGGUGACCAUCAGAGUUGAGCAAAAUUAACUGUUAAGCAUGGGCUGAAUUCUGCCUCACAUUUCCUACUGCGACACUCCUCACCUCCUGCUCUUGGUGUUUAAUUGCUCAUGGACAAGGUUGCUCCAGAGCUGAUGCAAGCACAUGCAAACUUGUUCUUUGACAGAUCACAUGGAAAUGUUUAUCAGUGAAUCUCUGAAAAAAAAACCCCGUCUCUAAUAUACACUUGGAUUUAAAAAUCUGAUGAUUUUGCAAACAUUGCAAAAAUUUAAAAAACAUUUUAAUACUGAAUGUUUCUGUAUGAUUUCAAGUGUGAAGGCUGCAGAAUACUGUGUGGUAUUCCCUAUUGAAACCUUUGUGCUAAAAAUAGGAUAUAAAAGUGGUUGAAAUGUUUAUUUAGAUAAUAGUGCAGUCACACUAUGAUAAUAAA